GCGAGGUACGACACAAGCACGGCAUUAUUAUAUCGACGGGUACCCAUGAAGACAUACGGUGACCAACCUACCACUGUUUACUCUGAUUAAAAGACGCCUUAACAAUGACGACAGUUUGACAGCACACGUAUACGUACUUAAGUAUAUAUAUAUACAUGUAACGGUACGGGAGUGCGUGUAUACCUGUUUGUAUGAACCUACACAGCAUGGGAUAUUACUGACUUGUCAGUCAUGGUUUAACAGUGGACUACACUGUGACAGGGUACUACCAUACCACUUUGCCCAUUCCGUGUGCCAAAAUUGGUUGUUCUCGGUUGGUGUAUUAAUUUUGUGUUUUCAAAAUGGUGGAUUCGAUAUUUGGAUUUGUAUGAACCUUUUCGCAAUCAUGGACAGUCGGACGUUAACUUUGCAUGUCCUGUUUAUUUGGCUGUGGCUACAGUGUGUGCGAGGCCAAUCAUGUGACUCUAUGUCUGAUGGUUCAGCAGCCGACUGUUGGUAUACCUUUUGGUAUGUCUGGGUUGCCUUUGGGUUAUUUCUGACUGUGAUAAUUACUAUACUAAUUGUAUACUACAAACAUAAAUCAAAACGGAGGAACAGAGUACAACGGUUAGGGCCUACCAUGCCCCGAGAUCCGCCUCCCUAUUUGGCUCCGAGUCAGGAACCACCAGCUUACGAUGACGCUAUCAAGGAGAGUGUGGUUGUUCCUCCUGGAUUUAAUGGCGACAUCCGACAUAUACGCGCUAUGCACAUGCGUUUACGAAAUGAGGCAAAUCACGAGCAGCAAUACCUACAAAGGCAAUUGGCUGCGAAUCGACAACCGAGUGACGUAAGCAUAAUUUCUGUACCACCACCCUACGUAGAAGCGAGUCAUCCGUCGCAGCCUUUGAACGCUCGGAAUGUUCAUCUGCCUGUCCGACAAAUGCCAAAUAAUCAACAACAAUCACAGCAACAACAAGGUCAGGUACUUCCACAGCGUCCAGCACGACUAGGUCAAGCAAGGCCAUCGCAACAACAGGGUCAAACAAGGCCAACAGCACAACAACAACCACAACCCCCAGUGACAACGUCACGAAUACCUCAAAGACCGGCAAGAUUAGGGCAACAACCGCCAACACAACAGCAAAUUAAUAUUUCCCCAAACUUGAACACACCUCAACCUCCUCCACGCUCGACAAGACCGUAAACCUGUCAAAAAUAUGUUGAGUGUACACUGUUUGACAUUUAAUAACAAUGUUUAAUGUUAUGGUAUAACGGCUUCUGAUUUCUAUGUCAGGGUGUUAUGUUUAUCUUUAUAUUGUGGUUGAAAGAAAGAUUCAGUGUCUUCUCCGGAUUUGCAAGGGCCGAAGAAAAUGCACGGUACGCUGGUGAUCGAAAUAAUAAUGUUAUGAUUCAUAUAUAUAUAUAUAUUUCAUAAAGUGACUGGCCAUUUCUUGUAAUGAUGCCUGCUAUUUGUAUUGUCUAUAUUUAUUAACAUAAUCUAUUUUUAUAGCGGCAGGCGAUAGGAAGGGUCAGCAACAUGUAUGUUGACACUUUAAUUACCUGAAGUAAGAUGGUGCUAGUCAUUCUUGUUGAUCACAUCAAACUCCGUCAUGGUGCUGCUAAUGUGGUAUGAUCACGUGGUAUGAUCGCGCGAUAUGAUCACGUGAUAUGAUUAACCUUGCUGUGAUAUUUCGUACAACAAUAAUCGUAUCUGUAUAAUGAAAUCGUGUCUGAACAGUAUUAUGUAUGACGUUAUUUGCAUUGAACGACCUAGUAUUUUGCAUUAGAUUACACCAAUGCUCCAUCGCAUAAGUAUAUUGUCUGUGAAUACAAGACAAAAGAAAGUCACGUCGGCUUUUAAUAACAAGAAUAAUCUGUGAUAUGUCAAGUGUAUAUUUUAUGAUUUUGUGUACAUUUGUUUGCGUCAACUUUAUGAAAGCAUAAUGAUUCUGGAUAGAGUGAAAGAAGUUAUGAAAUAUUAACGUCAACUGAACUGAUAAACUUUGAAUUUUUCAGACUAGAAUGAAGCUUGAAACAAAAUGUUGUAUCGUUUAUAAUGCAGUCUGCAAUUUUAAAACAAAUAGCUUUUAAGUAAUACUUUACCAGAAAACGCAUUCUCCUUUACAUGUAUUUGCAUUCUUCAAACGAUAUCAUACGUAAAGCUUCUUUUUUAAUUAUGUGAUUCUCAUAACCUACUAAAGAUGAUUCUUUUAAUUACAUCAAUAAGGGGCAAAUUUCGCAUAUAUAACAUUGUUUGUUAAUCAACUCAAAAAAAGCCUUUCAAAAUAUGCAUCUAACAAAAUUAUUAACAUUUGGGUAUCACGAGGAUCCUUAAUUUCCAGAUUUGUUUGUGAAGAUAAUCGGGUUUUUAUUGUGUGACUUUGUAUCGUAAUUUUCAUUGCAUAAUUAAUCAUAAAUUGUAUCGCAUUCUACAGUUGAACAUUUUUAUCUAAAGGAUCCAUCUAGCAAUUAUUUCUGAAGUGUUCAAUACUUGACGUUGAUCCAAACUGACAGGACAAGAAUGAGUUGAUGUGAAAUAAUGAUUUAAUUUCAGUAUGCAUUAUUGGAUGUGAUACGCCUACGACAAUAUGUAAAGAUUUCAGAAGGUUUAUCUGAUUUGAUUAUAAAUCUAAUUCGUCUAACUCGUUUUGCAAUCAAUCUUUAAUUUUCAUUUCUUUGACCUAGCAUUUAGCCAGAUGUAUAUGUGAUGAUAUAUUGCGGCGACAAUGUACAUUUUUAGCUUUGUUUAAAUCCAUAUUUUUACUGAGGAUUUGUGAAUUAUGAAAACAAAUCUAUCCAAUUUUGAAAAUAUUUUUUUUUAAUUUAAUAAUAAAAACACAUAUAUGAACAUACUUGUUUGGGUGCCAAAUGACAGUACUAUUAAGGACAGAAGUUGGUUAUAGUUCUUAACCUGAAACAAUAUAAAGAAUACGUGAACGAAAUGGACAACAAGACAUCUAUAUUAACAAUAAGUGCAUGACGUAUGUCCUAUAUGCUAUGUCAAUGUAGACAUCCUCUUAGUCAAAGACUGUGUGAUAAAUUCUGCAAUCUAAAUACAUAUUGUAGCCUUGCGAAAUGAUCAUUCCUAUCAAAUGACUUGUUGUCUAACAUAUAUUAAUGUUAAAGAAUACUAAUGAAUAACGAUAACUGCGCAUUUUAACAUGUUCAAUAUCUGUGAUAUUUUAAAUGUGUAUGGCAUUGGUUUUCCGUCCCUUUGAUUAUUUUUAUUAUUCGCUUUUUUAUUAUUUGUUUCUUUAUAUACUUGUAAACGUUGACAUGGGAUCAUGUGUGGUUUGAUAUUUUAUUUAUAUAAUUGCGUUUGUUGGAUUGAACAACUAAACAUUAAAGGAUUAAA